GAAUCUGUGCUCCAGAGGUGUGUGCGAGUGUCGGAUUUGGGGGUCUUGUAGCUCUGUGUGUACUCAGGGGCUGGCUGCUGUUUUCAUUGGAAUUGCAGACUGCUCUCCAGCUAGGCAUAGAGGAGUUGCUGGGUGCCUUGCUAGUCAGAAGCCCUUACCAUGGCUAGCUCCUUUGGAAUCCUAAAGCUCGCGGUGCUCCUGCAAGUGGUCUGUCUAUCGCUGGGACAAGUUAGGGGUCCGCCGGGUGAACAAGGUCCACAGGGCCCCCCAGGUCCGUCAGGGACCCCAGGAUCCGAUGGCAUUGACGGUGACAAAGGGCCCCCUGGACCACCAGGCCCAGCUGGUGCUAAAGGUGAGCCAGGCGAGCCUGGUACAGGUGGCACCCCUGGUGAACCAGGAAUUGAUGGUCUGAUCGGAGCUAAAGGAGACAGGGGCCCUAUAGGGAAUCCGGGACCAAAGGGACAACCUGGCCCUAUUGGUAAACCCGGACCCACUGGUCCUGGCCUGCCUGGACUUGCAGGCCCACCUGGUCCCAUAGGAUUACCAGGUGAAAUUGGUCCCCAAGGAAUAAAAGGUAUGAUCGGACCAUCAGGGCCACCAGGAUUGCCAGGACCACCAGGGAAGCCUGGACCUCCUGGCAAAUUCAUAGGAGAGGAAGGCAGUGCCGAUUUCCAGUGUCCCUCCAAUUGUCCAGGUGGACCAAAGGGCCCACAGGGACUGCAGGGGUUAAAGGGUCACAAGGGGCGCCCAGGAGUCCUCGGUGACACGGGCAGUAUAGGAAAGCUGGGGAUCAAGGGAGACGUCGGUAUUUCCGGAGAGCAAGGAAUCCCAGGCCCUCCAGGUCCACAAGGUCUGAGAGGCUAUCCUGGAAUGAUGGGACCAAAAGGAGAAGCUGGUCCUCGUGGGUACAAAGGGAUGCCAGGGCCCGCUGGCAUUGCAGGCCUCCCAGGCGCAGAAGGACCUCAGGGCCCUCCGGGUGAAGCAGGUGAAAAAGGAGACCUUGGUUCUCGUGGUAUCAAAGGACCACAGGGUGGAACCGGACCUAAAGGACAAAAUGGUUUACCUGGAAUUGAUGGGAAAGACGGCAAUCCUGGUAUUCCAGGCAUGAAGGGGGCGCCAGGCCAGUCUGGGAUGCCAGGACCUCCAGGCCACCAGGGGACAGCAGUGAGUAUUUAACCUGCACCUCCAGGAAAUGACCAGA